UAUAAGGAAUUAGACAAAAGUGCAAAAUGUGCAUCACACUGCUGAGAUUGGAUGCCGUUAGUGUGCCAGGUAAAAAUCAAAUACCCAACAGACUAAAGACGCACAAGAACAUAACAUAAAUAAUUUUAUGAUGAAAGAAAAUUCAACCUUUCAAACAUAAAAUACACUUCACAUGAACCCCAAAAGGAUUAUACGUAUAUGAAAUAAAGAUGAAAACAUGACACAUUUCCACUACAAUUUCAGUCAGUUUUAGUUUGUUAGUCUAGUUUUUAUCUUUAUUUCAGUAAACGGAAAUGUUUUCUUUCAAUUUUACCCUUCGUUAUUUCAUUCGUUUUCAUUCACUGUGAUAACCUUGUUGAGGACCAACCAGAAUAUCCUCACAAAGGUGGGUUCGCAGCCUUCUACACACACACACACAGUGUGUCAUUCCUGGUGAACAAAAACACUUAAAAGAGAAUGGUAUAUGUACUGUAGCACUGCCACGGGCAGGGGAGAGGCCAAUGAGACACAGAGAGGGAGAGCAGUGAGGCGAUUCCUGCCUCUGAGCUGGUUCUUCAUUAACUGAUUUUUACAGCUCUCCUUGCUCAGGUGCUCUCUCUCUCAGAGUGAGCAUAAGGGGCGACUCACAAUAUCACUGCAUGAAGAAACAUUCAUUGGACACUUUUCUCAGUCUUACCAGUCAGUCCAGUUUUUUUUUUUUCUUUUUUAUCUUCUGAAGGCAACAGAGACUUGUGUGUGUCCUCAGUCAAGCUCUCUGGGAUCUGUUCACUGGCAGGAGUUCACUGCUAAGGUCUUGUUUCGGUUUGAUCACAGUUGUCAGCUUGCAAGACGCGUUUGUUUGUUUGUUUGUUGGUUUGUUUUUUUAUAUGGAAGAAUGAGCAGCUUCUUUUAUUUCGUCCUCCCCGCGCUGGGAGGAUACACUCUCACCUCGCUGUACCUGCUGAGGAACCCACACAUUCUGCACAGGAGGAAACGCACGGCCUUUUUCUGCACACACAUCUCACACAGAGGAGGGUGUGGAGAGAGGAUAGAAGGCACCAUGGAGGCGUUCACACAUGCGGUGGAACAGGGCACACACAUGCUGGAGCUGGAUUGCCACCUGACACGUGACGGACAUGUGGUGGUGUCACAUGACGAGAAUCUGCUCAGGCAGACCGGACAUGACAUCAACAUAUCCUCACUCAAUCUACAGGAUUUGCCUUUGUAUAAGGAGAAACUGGAGGUGACAUUUUAUGCCGGUGAGUUCCUCCUCUCAUUCUCUCAUUUCUGUUUAAGGUGUCAUGGUGGAGUGUUUCAGGUGUGUGUGUGUGUGUGUGUGUGUAUGUGUGUCACAGGUCACUACAGCAGCGGCGCAGACAGGACGAUUGCUCUGCUCGAGGACGUGUUUAAGAAGUUUCCUCAUAUACCUGUCAGCAUCGAGAUCAAAGAGUACAACUGUCAGCUGAUAAGAAAGGUGUCUGAUCUGGUGCAACAAUACAACAGAGAGGAGGUGACAGUCUGGGCUUCAGUGGACGGCAGCAUCAUGGAGGAGUGUCGCAGAGCGAACGGCUCAAUGCCGUACAGUUUCAGUGUGAGCCACGGUGUGCUGCUUCUGCUUCUCUUCUACAGUGGCCUGCUGCCCUUUGUGCCACUGGGCCAGAGUGUACUGCAGUUCUACUUGCCGCGCAUCUUCAACAGGACGUUCAUUCCUGAGAAGCGCAUCCUGAGAAACAGGCUGGUGGUGUCUUUGUUAGAAAAAGUAACGAUGAGGAAGAGUCUUUUUAAACACCUUGCAGCCCGUGGAAUUCAGGUGCAUUUGUUUGUGUGCAAUAAAGAUGACGACAUAAAGGCUGCGUUUGACGUGGGAGCUACCGGGGUGAUGAGCGACUACCCGACUGUUCUGUCCAGGUACCUCUGCAGAAAUACAGCCCAGGACUGACCACAGGACACAUCAGGCCAAGAUGACCAGCAUGCGUUAAAUCAAUCAAUGAGGAGUCUGUCAAAAAGAAAGAAAGAAAGGAAACACUGUAAAUAAGAAAUAAAUUAAAAGUGUGACACUCGUGUCAAUCGUCUGUGACAAGAUGAGACAGAGAAGAUUUUGAACUUGCCGUUCAUCUCAUUAAUCUUGUUGCUAGAAUAACUUGUUUGUGGUAUGAACAGUAACCAGGUCCUCCACCCACUGUCUUUCAGACUCCACCCUGUGUUCAAAGAAACAGUCGUUGAUUUUUGCUGUGUUAAAUCAGAGUGAAUAUUUAACCAGCUGAACCAUGAAAAAAAGAAGUAAAUGUGACUUUGUUUUU